UGCAGGAUGGAUGCUGGUAGGAUGCAGGAUGGAUGAAGGUUGGAUGCUGGUUGGAUGCAGGAUGGAUGCAGGUUGGAUGUUGGUUGGAUGCAGGAUGGAUGCAGGAUGGAUGAAGGUUGGAUGCUGGUUGGAUGCUGGAUGGAUGCAGGUUGGAUGUUGGUUGGAUGCAGGAUGGAUGCAGGUUGGAUGCUGGUUGGAUGCUGGAUGGAUGCAGAAUGGAUGCAGGUUGGAUGCUGGAUGGAUGCAGGAUGUAUGCUGGAUGGAUGCUGGUAGGAUGCAGGAUGGAUGCUGGUUGGAUGCAGGAUGGAUGCUGGUAGGAUGCAGGAUGGAUGCUGGUUGGAUGCUGUUUGGAUGCUGGAUGGAUGCAGGAUGGAUGCAGGUUGGAUGCUGGUUGGAUGCAGGUUGGAUGCUGGAUGGAUGCAGGAUGGAUGCAGGUUGGAUGCAGGUUGGAUGCUGGAUGGAUGCUGGUAGGAUGCAGGAUGGAUGCAGGUUGGAUGCUGGUUGGAUGCUGGUAGGAUGCAGGUUGGAUGCAGGAUGGAUGCAGGUUGGAUGCAGGAUGGAUGCUGGAUGGAUGCUGGUUGGAUGCUGGUAGGAUGCAGGAUGGAUGCAGGUUGGAUGCAGGAUGGAUGCUGGAUGGAUGCUGGUUGGAUGCUGGUAGGAUGCUGGAUGGAUGCUGGUUGGAUGCUGGAUGGAUGCUGGUUGGAUGCUGAUAGGAUGCAGGUUGGAUGCUGGUUGGAUGCUGGAUGGAUGCUGGUUGGAUGCUGGAUGGAUGCUGGUUGGAUGAUGGAUGGAUGCUGGUUGGAUGCAGGAUGGAUGCAAGUUGGAUGCAGGUUGGAUGCUGGUAGGAUGCUGGUUGGAUGCUGAUAGGAUGCUGGUUGGAUGCUGGAUGGAUGCUGGUAGGAUGCAGGAUGGAUGCAGGUUGGAUGCUGGUUGGAUGCAGGUUGGAUGCUGGUUGGAUGCAGGAUGGAUGCUGGUUGGAUGCUGGUAGGAUGCAGGAUGGAUGCUGGUAGGAUGCAGGAUGGAUGCAGGAUGGAUGCUGGUAGGAUGCAGGAUGGAUGCUGGAUGGAUGCAGGAUGGAUGCAGGUUGGAUGCAGGAUGGAUGCUGGUAGGAUGCAGGAUGGAUGAAGGUUGGAUGCUGGUUGGAUGCAGGAUGGAUGCAGGUUGGAUGUUGGUUGGAUGCAGGAUGGAUGCAGGAUGGAUGAAGGUUGGAUGCUGGUUGGAUGCUGGAUGGAUGCAGGUUGGAUGUUGGUUGGAUGCAGGAUGGAUGCUGGAUGGAUGCAGGUUGGAUGCUGGUUGGAUGCUGGAUGGAUGCAGAAUGGAUGCAGGUUGGAUGCUGGAUGGAUGCAGGAUGGAUGCUGGAUGGAUGCUGGUAGGAUGCAGGAUGGAUGCUGGUUGGAUGCAGGAUGGAUGAAGGUUGGAUGCUGGUUGGAUGCAGGAUGGAUGCAGGUUGGAUGUUGGUUGGAUGCAGGAUGGAUGCAGGAUGGAUGAAGGUUGGAUGCUGGUUGGAUGCUGGAUGGAUGCAGGUUGGAUGUUGGUUGGAUGCAGGAUGGAUGCUGGAUGGAUGCAGGUUGGAUGCUGGUUGGAUGCUGGAUGGAUGCAGAAUGGAUGCAGGUUGGAUGCUGGAUGGAUGCAGGAUGGAUGCUGGAUGGAUGCUGGUAGGAUGCAGGAUGGAUGCUGGUUGGAUGCAGGAUGGAUGCUGGUAGGAUGCUGGAUGGAUGCUGGAUGGAUGCUGGUUGGAUGCAGGUUGGAUGCAGGUUGGAUGCUGGAUGGAUGCAGGUUGGAUGCUGUUUGGAUGCUGGAUGGAUGCAGGUUGGAUGCAGGUUGGAUGCUGGUUGGAUGCAGGUUGGAUGCUGGAUGGAUGCAGGAUGGAUGCAGGUUGGAUGCUGGAUGGAUGCAGGUUGGAUGCUGGAUGGAUGCUGGUAGGAUGCAGGAUGGAUGCAGGUUGGAUGCUGGUUGGAUGCUGGUAGGAUGCAGGUUGGAUGCAGGAUGGAUGCAGGUUGGAUGCAGGAUGGAUGCUGGAUGGAUGCUGGUUGGAUGCUGGUAGGAUGCAGGUUGGAUGCAGGAUGGAUGCAGGUUGGAUGCAGGAUGGAUGCUGGAUGGAUGCUGGUUGGAUGCUGGUAGGAUGCUGGAUGGAUGCUGGUUGGAUGCUGGAUGGAUGCUGGUUGGAUGCUGAUAGGAUGCAGGUUGGAUGCUGGAUGGAUGCUGGUUGGAUGAUGGAUGGAUGCUGGUUGGAUGCAGGAUGGAUGCAAGUUGGAUGCAGGUUGGAUGCUGGUAGGAUGCUGGUUGGAUGCUGAUAGGAUGCUGGUUGGAUGCUGGAUGGAUGCUGGUAGGAUGCAGGAUGGAUGCAGGUUGGAUGCUGGUUGGAUGCAGGUUGGAUGCUGGUUGGAUGCAGGAUGGAUGCUGGUUGGAUGCUGGUAGGAUGCAGGUUGGAUGCAGGAUGGAUGCAGGUUGGAUGCUGGUUGGAUGCUGGAUGGAUGCUGGUUGGAUGCUGGUAGAAUGCAGGCUGGAUGCAGGAUAGAUGCUGGUUGGAUGCUGGAUGGAUGCAGGUUGGAUGCUGGUUGGAUGCAGGAUGGAUGCUGGUUGGAUGCUGGUAGGAUGCAGGUUGGAUGCAGGAUGGAUGCUGGUUGGAUGCAGGAUGGAUGCUGGUUGGAUGCUGGUAGGAUGCAGGAUGGAUGCAGGUUGGAUGCUGGUUGAAUGCUGGAUGGAUGCAGGUUGGAUGCUGGUUGGAUGCUGGAUGGAUGCUGGUUGGAUGCUGGUAGGAUGCAGGUUGGAUGCAGGAUAGAUGCUGGUUGGAUGCUGGAUGGAUGCAGGUUGGAUGCUGGUUGGAUGCUGAUUGGAUGCAGGAUGGAUGCUGGUUGGAUGCAGGAUGGAUGCUGGUUGGAUGCUGGUAGGAUGCAGGUUGGAUGCAGGAUGGAUGCUGGUUGGAUGCAGGAUGGAUGCUGGUUGGAUGCUGGUAGGAUGCAGGAUGGAUGCUGGUAGGAUGCAGGUUGGAUGCAGGAUGGAUGCAGGUUGGAUGCUGGUAGGAUGCAGGUUGGAUGCAGGUAGGAUGCAGGAUGGAUGCUGGUAGGAUGCAGGUUGGAUGCAGGACGGAUGCAGGUUGGAUGCUGGUAGGAUGCAGGAUGGAUGCUGGUAGGAUGCAGGAUGGAUGCUGGUUGGAUGCUGGUAGGAUGCAGGAUGGAUGCUGGUUGGAUGCUGGUUGGAUGCAGGAUGGAUGCUGGUAGGAUGCAGGAUGGAUGCUGGAUGGAUGCAGGUUGGAUGCAGGUUGGAUGCUGGUAGGAUGCAGGAUGGAUGCUGGUUGGAUGCUGGUUCGAUGCAGGUUGGAUGCUGGUUGGAUGCAGGAUAGAUGCUGGUUGGAUGCUGGAUGGAUGCAGGUUGGAUGCUGGUUGGAUGCUGAUUGGAUGCAGGAUGGAUGCUGGUUGGAUGCUGGUAGGAUGCAGGUUGGAUGCAGGAUGGAUGCUGGUUGGAUGCUGGUAGGAUGCAGGUUGGAUGCAGGAUGGAUGCUGGUUGGAUGCAGGAUGGAUGCUGGUUGGAUGCUGGUAGGAUGCAGGAUGGAUGCUGGUAGGAUGCAGGUUGGAUGCAGGAUGGAUGCAGGUUGGAUGCUGGUAGGAUGCAGGUUGGAUGCAGGUAGGAUGCAGGAUGGAUGCUGGUAGGAUGCAGGUUGGAUGCAGGACGGAUGCAGGUUGGAUGCUGGUAGGAUGCAGGAUGGAUGCUGGUAGGAUGCAGGAUGGAUGCUGGUUGGAUGCUGGUAGGAUGCAGGAUGGAUGCUGGUUGGAUGCUGGUUGGAUGCAGGAUGGAUGCUGGUAGGAUGCAGGAUGGAUGCUGGAUGGAUGCAGGUUGGAUGCAGGUUGGAUGCUGGUAGGAUGCAGGAUGGAUGCUGGUUGGAUGCUGGUUCGAUGCAGGUUGGAUGCUGGUAGGAUGCAGGUUGGAUGCAGGUUGGAUGCAGGAUGGAUGCAGGUUGGAUGCAGGAUGGAUGCAGGAUGGAUGCUGGUAGGAUGCAGGUUGGAUGCAGGAUGGAUGCAGGAUGGAUGCUGGAUGGAUGCUGGUUGGAUGCAGGUUGGAUGCAGGAUGGAUGCAGGAUGGAUGCUGGUUGGAUGCAGGUUGGAUGCAGGAUGGAUGCAGGUUGGAUGCUGGUGGGAUGCAGGUUGGAUGCAGGUAGGAUGCAGGAUGGAUGCUGGUAGGAUGCAGGUUGGAUGCAGGACGGAUGCAGGUUGGAUGCUGGAUGGAUGCAGGUUGGAUGCUGGUAGGAUGCAGGAUGGAUGCUGGUUGGAUGCUGGUAGGAUGCAGGAUGGAUGCUGGUUGGAUGCAGGAUGGAUGCAGGAUGGAUGCAGGAUGGAUGCUGGUAGGAUGCAGGAUGGAUGCUGGUUGGAUGCUGGUAGGAUGCAGGAUGGAUGCUGUUUGGAUUUAGGAUGGAUGCUGGUUGGAUGCUGGUAUGAUGCAGGUUGGAUGCAGGAUGGAUGCACGUUGGAUGCUGGUAGGAUGCAGGAUGGAUGCUGGUUGGAUGCAGGUUGGAUGCUGGUAGGAUGCAGGUUGGAUGCAGGAUGGAUGCUGGUUGGCUGCAGGUUGGAUGCAGGAUGGAUGCUGGUAGGAUGCAGGUUGGAUGCAGGAUGGAUGCUGGUAGGAUGCAGGUUGGAUGCAGGUUGGAUGCAGGAUGGAUGCAGGUUGGAUGCUGGUAGGAUGCAGGAUGGAUGCAGGAUGGAUGCUGGUUGGAUGCUGGUUGGAUGCAGGUUGGAUGCAGGAUGGAUGCUGGUUGGAUGCUGGUAGGAUGCAGGUUGGAUGCAGGAUGGAUGCAGGAUGGAUGCUGGUUGGAUGCUGGUUGGAUGCAGGUUGGAUGCAGGAUGGAUGCUGGUUGGAUGCUGGUUGGAUGCUGGUUGGAUGCAGGAUGGAUGCAGGAUGGAUGCUGGUUGGAUGCAGGAUGGAUGCUGGUUGGAUGCUGGAUGGAUGCUGGUUGGAUGCUGGUUGGAUGCAGGAUGGAUGCAGGUUGGAUGCUGGUUGGAUGCUGGUUGGAUGCAGGUUGGAUGCAGGAUAGAUGCUGGUUGGAUGCUGGAUGGAUGCUGGUUGGAUGCAGGUUGGAUGCAGGAUGGAUGCUGGUUGGAUGCAGGAUUGAUGCUGGUUGGAUGCUGGAUGGAUGCUGGUUGGAUGCAGGUUGGAUGCUGGUUGGAUGCUGGUUGGAUGUAGGUUGGAUGCAGGAUAGAUGCUGGUUGGAUGCUGGAUGGAUGCUGGUUGGAUGCAGGUUGGAUGCUGGUUGGAUGCUGGUUGGAUGCAGGUUGGAUGCAGGAUAGAUGCUGGUUGGAUGCUGGAUGGAUGCUGGUUGGAUGCAGGUUGGAUGCAGGAUGGAUGCUGGUUGGAUGCUGGUAGGAUGAAGUCUCUCUCUCUCUC